AACAUCCGAUAAGUUGUUCCUGCUUUUAGGAAGUGAAGCUAGAGCGGUGUUUAUACACCAGACGGGACUGUCAAAUCGAUAUUUGAGACACUCUAUAGGUGUGUCUCAAGCGUCCCAUGUUUUAACGAAAUUGUUUAGAUGUUACUCAGAGGGGGGCACAGUGUUGUGUAAGGUUAUUCGUCAUUUCUCGCAAGCGCUAGUCAAGUGACACAAUAAACAGGCAGUGGCUUUUGUGGAUGUUGUGGGGGUUUAAUUAGACGAACGUCAACUCGUUGUCCUCAAAAUGUUUCUGUUCACGAAAAAGAAGAAACCCAGUGAGGAUUCCAAGAAACGAUUUGAGUACCAGUUGUGCUUGGCCAAAGAAGCAGGGGCUGAUGAUGUCCUGGAUAUUUCUGCCUGUGAGCUUACAGAGGUUCCUUCCAGUGCCUUUUCCAUCUGUAAAGUUCUCCAGAAAAAAGUCUUUAUUCUCCAUGGAAAUUAUUUAAAAUCAUUUAUACCUAAAGGUUGCUGCAUUACUGCCUUAGCAACCAUAAAGGUUUUGGAUCUCCAUGAUAAUAAGCUGACAUCACUUCCCGAUGACCUGGGGCAGCUUUUGUCUUUACAGGUGCUGAAUGUAGAAAAGAAUCAAAUUAAACAACUGCCGGACACUAUAGGGGAUCUACGGCAUCUACAGACACUUAAUGUGAAAGCGAACUGCCUUACCGUGAUUCCUGUAUCUGUGGGUCGGAUGAGCAGUCUGCGUACACUGGACCUAAGUGAAAACAGCAUCAGAGAGCUACCCAAGGAACUGGCCUGUGCUCGCACUUUGGAAAGCCUGAUCCUGGAUGCAAAUGUUAUGAGCUAUCCUCCUGCAUCAGUGUGUACAGGUGGCACAGAGGAAAUUCAGCAGUAUCUUUGCUCAGAAAUGGGUCUGGAUUAUUGCCCUCCAUCCCAGUAUCUCCUGCCUGUGUUGGAGCAUGACGGAGCGAAGCCAGAUGAGGAUUGUGUUGAUGGGGAGGAGAUGUCUUGGCAGAUCAAAUACAUGGACUAUGAGAAGAGAAAGGAACAGAAACAGCAGGAAAAGGUGAUAUUUGAGAAGGAGCUAGAGGAGAAACAGAGAGAGCACACUCAACUCCUCUUUCUCAACAACUCCCGCAAAGAAGACGCUCUGCUGUUUGUCAAAAAGGAGCAGGAACGGUUAGAAUUUGGUGUGUCUCAGCAGCAAAAGGCCCAAGAAGCAGAGAGGCAGAAGAUGCUUGAUAAAGUGCGUCAGGCAGAGAGAAGCUUUAUGAGUCGUGUCUCUGAUCUCCUGCUUGAUAACAACCGGCAAGCACAGAGUGCCACCUUUCUGCAAGCUCUGGAAAAGGAUCGAAUACGAAUAGAACACCUUACUGCCAUCACACAGGAAGAAGCAGACUCUUUAAGGAAGAAGGAAGUGGCAAGUGCCAUGCAGAGGAUGCUGUUUGAGAGUUACUCUCUGCGAUUAGUGCAGGAAGCCAGUGACACCAAAAAACAGAUUCUAGUGUCCGAGGCCUGCAGGAGUUUGGACUAUUUGGAUAAAAAAUUUGAUGAAGUUUUGUCCCUGCAGCAGCUAGACAAAAGCAAAGCCAUUAGUCAGAUCAUCCAAGAGGAACAAAUGCAGAAGGCUGCUUUUGAGGCCCUUCAGCUCCAGAAAGACAGCGUGCACGCUUACAUCCGCAAUCAGAUUAAACUCAUAGAGGCAGAGUUAUUGCAGUUGACAAAGCUGGAGGUUAAGAGGAGGAAUUUGGACACUGAGAACCUGCAGGAGGUGCUGGCUGAGCAAAGGACGGCUCUGACUGAUGUUCUGCAACAGUUACUCAAACAAAAGGACCAAAGGGAGACGGAGCUCAAGCAGGUCCUGGUGGAGUUAGAGCAGAAGAGUGAAUCCAAUCAACAGAACUACUGGAUGAUCCAAUAUCAGAGACUCCUGGAUGCCAAACCACUGUCUCUGCGUAUGCAGGAGGCAGCUGUGGAUAGAGAGCUUGGGAAUCUACUGUGUAAACUCUCUGCUCAACAUUACCUGCCAGUCAUAGCUCACCACCGAAUCACUGCUGAGGCCUUGCGUCACAUGACCACCAAAGACCUUAGCAAGCUGGGGAUCAAUGAGGUUGGUGUGCAGAAAGCUCUUCUUCAUUGGGCCAGGGAUCGCACCUAUUCUGACCCAAUGCUUAAAACAGGCCGAGAGGAAACUGGUCUGUUUUUGCCUAACGCUCAACAGCAGCUUACUCCUCCUCUGACCCCUAACACCCCCAAUACCCCCACUGCCCCCAGUCCUGAUGGACACAGCAGCUCUGAGUGUGUGGUGUGCAUGGAGCGUGAGUCACAGGUGAUAUUUCUGCCUUGUGGUCAUGUGUGCUGUUGUCAGACCUGCAGCAACGCCCUACAGUCCUGUCCACUGUGCCGUGCUUCUGUGUCUCAACGUGUUCGCCUCUACCUCGGCUGAAGAUGGCAAGUUUUCACCUUGAUCUUCUAUGAUUUAUACCUCAUGCAUCAUCGUUGUUGUUCCUUCCUCCCAUGUACUGCAUGAAAUGGAUGUCUGUGAACCUUUAAGCACUUUUAAAGUUAGUGGAUUUUCUCAACUCCUCCCACUGUAACUAGCCAAUCAAAGAGGAACUGCAAGACUGACCCCUGUUUUAUAGACAUAACAUAUAUCAUAACUUUUAACCAUUCAAUUACAUUAAAAGCAAAAGUAUUUGCUUAACAGUUUAUAUAUCAAUAUCUCUUCGUAUUAAGCAUUAGUACUGCCCUCAAUAUACCUGCUUUAGAUAAAGCACUUGUGCCUUUUCUGUAUUUUAUAUGUACUCGUCUGGGUGCAUUUUAAUCAUUUCAAAUUCUCAAUCACACGUUUCUCUGACACCUUUCAUGUUACUCAAGUUUCAUUAGGAUACAAUCAGACAACCUAAAAACAUAAAGAUACUGAAAUUAUUCCGGUAUCUUGACAUAUUUAGGUUGUUGUUUUAAUAAGGAAUUUUUUGCAUUUUUAUUUCGUUGUAGAAACUACAAAAAAAUAAGAUUAAACUUUAGAUAUGUUUUUAUUUGACCCAGGAGAAUAGGAAAUAAGUUCAAGGUGAAAUCAUUUCUGACACUGUAUGUUGCUCUAUACCUCUCCACAUCACUCAACUGGGUUUACUGUUUACACAUUUAGUGACUUAAUUUUAUUAAAUAUCUUAGUGUAUUUCUGCACUCUUAUAUGCAAGCUGCUUAUCAAGUCACUUCUUGUACAGAAUAAAAAACAGACAUUUUUCUGCCCGUCUGCCUGUAAGUGAAACACUGCUAUGAUUUUAAGUAAUAAUCUUAUAAAUAUGUAGUAUCAGCAUACCCUCUAUCCGAAAUAUAUAUCACAAACCAUUAAUGUGAUUGCAGUGUGCAAUACAGUUUUGCUGCACUGGACAAUUUUCUGUACAGCUGUGUUAAAUCAUUAUAUAUAUACACUACAGUGAAUGCACCAAAAAUUGUUAGACCAUACUAGAAUAUAAACUAGUUAUGUUAGUAACUUGGGUAUGCAUUGUGCAGUUCUGUCUUUUUAUUGAGGUUGGAGUUAUUUGAUUCCCCACAAAUAGCACUGUAACUGAUAACAGUGAGAUUGUAUAAUAAUGUUAUAUGUAUUUACCAUAAACAUGCUGUCUUUACAUGAUUUCCUUUGUCCAUACUGUAUAUUCAUGCUAUAGUGUUAUUUCUCAAGUUCUUUAUUUUUACCAAACCCAUCAUACACACUAAAAAUGUCUGGGUUAUUUUUACCCAUAAUGGGUAAAAAUAUUGGACAGAAGACACUGAUGGGUUAAAAUGACCCAAUGUUGGGUUCUUUUAAUAACCUAAAAAUGCUGGGUUAUUAUACCCCAUGGUUGGAUAAAAUUAGCAUUUUUAACCCAGCAUGUGUUCUUUCCACUAUUUACCCAUUAUGGGUCAAAAAUAACCCAGAUCUACUAUUUUUUUGUUUUUGUUGUGUGGACUAUUAUGGCUGUCAAGACUUCUGCAAAAUAAACUUCACAUUUUGCAUGACUUUAAAUAAACUUGAACAUGAAUUUAAAUAAAGAAUAAUAUUAGAUUUUAUUGUAUGUUUACCAAUCAUGUUUUCCAUUUGUUAAUACCUGCCUUGCAUGAUUAAUAAAUGAAAGUUAAGCUUUCGGUACUAGCACUCA